AUGUCACAAAAAAGGGAUCCGGCUUGGGCGUAUGGAACUCCUAUGGGUAGUAACACAAAAGUUAAAUGUAGCUUUUGUGAUGUGACAUACAAUGGCGGAAUAUUUCGUCACAAAAAGCAUCUUAUCGGUGGCUAUAGAGAUGUAAAAGUAUGCCCGAACGUCCCAGAUAAAGUGAAGGAAGAGAUCAAAGAAUAUUUGUUGAAGAAAAAUGAGUUUAAAAUUCAAAUGAACCAUGAAGCAUCCAUGGUUAAUCUUGUUGAUAAUGAUGAAAUGGAUGAUGAUGAAGCUGAAGUGAAUAUGCCAAUGGGGCCUCCCUCAAAGCAUCAAAUGAUGCCUUCAAGUAGUGGGAGUGGGUCUUCCAUCAAUAGCACUAUCAAGGGUCCUAUGAAUCUCUAUUUCUCGCAAAAACCAAACGAAAAGAGAAAAGGUGGACCUAUUGACUUAGAAUCUUCUAGAAAGAUUUUGAGGGAUCGUGUUGUAUCUGCUUUUGCUAGGUGGAUGUAUGAUGCAGGGCUUCCUUUCAAUUGUGUUAUUACACAGAGAGUUUUGGUGAAUUCAUUGAGUGACUCUUCUACCGAUUCUAAUAAGAUGUUUAACUUGUUUGAGAAGACUAUCAUGAAGAUAGGCAAGGAAAAUGUGGUACAAGUUGUGACUGAUAAUGCAAGUGAGAACAAAAAAGCGGGUAACAUGUUGAAGGGAGUGUUCCCACAUAUUUUCUGGACUCCUUGUGCUGCUCACUGUAUUAACUUGAUGUUUGGUGACAUUUUCAAAGAAGCCCCGUAUUCUACAGGUGAACUUGAGUCUUGA